GAUCUUUCGUCAACGAAUGUUACUUAUUCUAUUGGUGGGGCUGACCUAAAUACUGGAUUAGAUGGAGUCGGUAUAAAUAAACCAUUGGGAAAUAUUAAAAUCGAUCCAACAGCAUUAUCUUUAAAAGAUGUGAAUAAUAUUGCAAAAGGAUACUUAAUUGAUGCUACUACAUCUGCACUUGGUCUUCCGUCAACCGAUGUUACUUAUUCUAUUGGUGGAAUUGAUUUAACCCUAAAGCGCCCACCUCUAUAA